GUCUGCAGAGACGUUUAUCUUAUCUAUAGACUUGUGUUUAAUGGAUGUUAUUGUUCUGUCUUCCCUCAGAUCAACAUGAUGCUAGCUAACCUGUACAGGAAAGCAGGUCAGGAGCGUUCUGCGGUGACGAGCUACAAAGAGGUGCUCAGACAGUGCCCCCUCGCGCUGGACGCCAUCAUCGGGCUCCUCUCCCUCUCGGUGAAAGGAGCCGAGGUGGCCUCCAUGACGAUGGAUGUGAUUCAGAGCAUCCCCAACCUGGAGUGGCUGUCCGUUUGGAUCAAAGCGUACGCGUUCAUCCACGCUGGAGACAACCAGAGAGCCAUCAACACCAUAUGGUGA